GCUCCUGUGUCCCAAUUUGAUGGCCCCAGCCACCAGAAGAAAGUGGUGCCAUGGAUGGAUGUUUAUGCCCGUGCCACAUGCCAGCCCAGGGAGGUGGUGGUGCCUCUGAGCAUGGAGCUCAUGGGUAAUGUGGUCAAACAACUAGUGCCCAGCUGUGUGACUGUGCAGCGCUGUGGUGGCUGCUGCCCUGACGACGGCCUGGAAUGUGUGCCCAUUGGGCAACACCAAGUCCGAAUGCAGAUCCUCAUGAUCCAGUACCCGAGCAGUCAGCUGGGGGAGAUGUCCCUGGAAGAACACAGCCAAUGUGAAUGCAGACCAAAAAAAAGGGACAGUGCUGUGAAACCAGAUAGGGCUGCCAUACCCCACCACCGCCCCCAGCCCCGCUCUGUUACGGGCUGGGACUCUGCCCCGGGAGCACCCUCCCCAGCUGACAUCAUCCAUCCCACUCCAGCCCCAGGACCCUCUGCCCACGUUGCACCCAGCGCCGUCAGCGCCCUGACCCCCGGACCUGCCGCUGCCGCUGCAGACGCCGCAGCUUCCUCCGUUGCCAAGGGCGGGGCUUAGAGUUCAACCCAGACACCUGCAGGUGCCGGAAGCCUCGAAAGUGACAAGCUGCUUUUCAGACAGACUGCAGGGCCAUUUGCCUCACAGGCCCCAUCUUAGUGGGAGAAGACAGGAGCAUAGAACCAACUCAGACUGGGAGGAAGCUGUCCCAGGACCUGGACCUUUUAGAGAACUCUCCUGUGAUCCUUUGUCUCCUAGCACUGCCAUCUAACAGUUGGCAAGGAGCCUCAUAUCUCUCCUUAGGGGGAACAGGGUACUUACUAGCUUAGCUAACCACCCCAGGCUAGUGAGCAUCUUCUGGCUGCUCUGCUUCCCCUCACUAUGAAGACCCCAAACCUCUGCAAAUGGGAUUUGGGCUGUUAUGAUAAAUGUGACACCCCCCACCCCAUCCUGAUAAAAAAGAUCGAAGGCACUA